AUGGCUCCACCGCAUAAUCAACCAACUCAGUUACGCUUAUCGUUGCCGUUGUCGUUUUCCGCCGAGCCUCGUCGUCGCCGCUGCUCCAAAGCACAAAUGUGCUUCUUCAAGAUUCUUAACAUAAUUUCCGUUUUCCCAACAGUCGAUGUAACGGAUAACAACUUUUCAAGCCAUCGUGAAGAGAUUUGUGAAAAUAAAGGGUUUGCUGUUGACCGUCCUCCGACGAAGAUUGAGCCUUUUGAGGCUCCAGCGACGGUAGACAAUGAAAAUUGCGUGUUCGAGAAGAAUGAUCGGAGCAAAAGCGAAUCCUUUGUUGCGGAGGAAUCAGAGUUGGCGGUUGAGGAGGAGAGAGCGACGGAGCACUCGGAGAUCUCGCAUGUAGGAGAUCAGAGCUCGGGAAUCGAUUACAAUGGAGCCUCUGAAGUAGUAGUAGCAGUAGUAAAAGAAGAAGAACAUAGAGAUGAAGGAUAUUUAGGUCUGUUAAUCGAAGCGGCGCAAUUGAUUCUCGGCGACGAGAAAAAACCGGCGGCAAGAAGCAAACGAGUGGAGGCAUCGGCGGCGGCAAGAGGAGGAGCGAAAAGGAAGCAGCAAUGUUGGACGGCGGCGACAGAAGCGGAAUGGUACGCGGAGUUCGAGGACACAUCGCCGGUUGUGAAAUCAAAGCGAGGGAGGAAUCAGGUGUUGCCGUAUAAGUACAGAGAUUCAGUGGUGGAGCCGUUGGUACGGUGGACGUCGUCGUCGACUCAUAGAUCAAUCUCAAAAGCAGCAGUCCCUUCGAAACGAAGGUCAAAAUAG